ACAAUAGGGGAACUGCACACUGACGUUGCAUGAACAGCCACGUACUGCACGGAGGGUAGAGAACAGAGGCGAUUAUUUUACAACACCUUGAGCGCGCAGUCACCAGUCUCUCUCUCUCUCUCUGCAAAGCUGACAACUUCAGGAGCCUUGCUAUUGUUCCAGCAUGUUUUAUAUUCGCCAUUCUGUGUCCAAGCAUAUCGGCCUGGCAAGAGUUUAAUUUGCUGAGCAGUUUUGGAAGAUCGUUUUUUAUUUCUCUCUCGGCUGAUGUGAUAUUAUCCGUCUGUAAUGAUGUGGACCUCUCAGGACUGUAUUGGAUUCGUUGUAAUGUCUAGUUUAUGUAUACAAUUUGGAUUCUGCUUUGAAGGAAAGUUUACGGAUAUCCCCUCCAAUCUAACGGUAAAAGAAGGUCAAAACAUUGAAAUGGCGUGCGCCUUCCAGAGCGGAACCACGUCAGUUUACUUAGAGAUUCAGUGGUGGUUUAUAAGAGCACCAGAAGAAUCCAGCAACAGCGAGGAGGAGGAUGACGAGGAGAUGGAAGUGAUACCAGAGCCGGAUCCAGACGAUGAAGGGACUAAAAUAAGUACAGUGAAGGUACAGGGAAACGACAUCUCCCACAAACUGCAGAUCUCCCGGGUGGGAAAGAGUGACGAGGGCCUGUACGAGUGCAGAGUCACCAACGCCAACUACGGAGAGCUGCUGGAGUACAAGGUCCAGGCCUAUCUGAAGGUGAACAGCACCCGGCCCCGCAUCAGGCUGGCCAAGAAGACAUCCCCCUUGUCCCACCUGACAGCAGAUAAGAAGCCACGCAAGACAGGCGCCACAGCAGCACAAGACAGCAUGAGCCCCGACCUGAGGGUUCGCUCUACCUCCAGCUCUCAGACAUCAUCAGCCAAGACAAUCAAACAGAGUUCAGGCACGAGGAUAGCUACAAGCUUUGGACUUGCCAUCCUGAUUCUUGCCUGUGGCUUCAUGAGGGAUACCUUGCUAUAGUUUCAAGGACUGACUUUUCCUCCGAGUAUCACUCCCUCUUCUCGAAACGAAGGAGAAAAUGGCCUGUUAUUACCACCAAGCGGACGACACAGUUGGCCCUAAUUUUCCACUACUCUGCACCCAAUGCAUUCUUAUUACUCAUUGUACACAAGAGACACCUUCUCAAAGGCCACCAGCGGGAUUACCUGUUGUGCCAACGUUUCUUCAAUGCACCCAACAAUCGAAAAACAAAAUGGAAACUGACAUUGGCUCCUCGGAAUAUCUUUCACAGACCUUUAUUUUGGGUUUCCUGCAGUGAAUCUAUUGUGUCAAUGCUUAAAAGUAAAAAAAACAAAAAAAAAACAAAAAAAUCUAUAUUUGAGUAUAUAUAAUAUCAGUAUAUAUAUAAUUGUUUUAUUUCAAACACCUGGAACUGUUGUAUAGCUUACAUUCGCUAUGUUUUCACUAUUAUGAAACUACAUCGUGCAAGGCUAUUCAUAGUCCUCUUAGAACAAAAGAGCUAGUCAAAUACAACAACAUGAUGUAGAGGCCUAGUCGGAUUGCUAAAUGAAGGCAACUCGACAAUGAAUUAUUUUAUCGUCCCAUAAUGUAACUUGCAAAUACAGUUCUUGACCGUUGUUAUUACAGAUCACUUCUCAUUGAUGCAUCUUUUCUUUUUACACGGUAUUUCUUCUGUUUACAAUUAUACUUCUUUUCCUUCCCUUAUCAUUUCCUAUUAUGAUUCAUGAACAUGUCAAUGUUCAUAAUGUGACCGUGCCAGCAGACUAUUCAUUUAAAUUGGCCUGCACUAAUAUUGUACAACGCCAUUAAUAGUCAUGCUUCACGCACAGUACAGCUCUCCUAUUUAAAUGUUCUACCAUCACUGAAAACAAAGGACUGAGUAUCAAGGUACUGCUGUAGCCUACUGUUCAGGGACACUAUCUUUAUGUAAAGAAUCUUACAUUAGCCAAGAAGACAUCUCAUACUGUUUGAUGGUGCAAUGAUUUCCCCCAAUGAUACCUAGACGAUAUGUUUCUUAUCUGUAACACAAACGUAAGGACGUAGAAAGACAAUGGGUCUUGUGAUUAAGGAAAUGGUUUUAAAUCGCUCUCGCUCUUAUCCCUUCACUAUGUUCAUUGACACAACGCUUUGACAAUCCGACCUCUUGAUUCAGAACACGUUAGCAGACGUCAUGGAUUUUACCGUUAUACAAAACUGUUAAUAGAAAUGGGAGCUUUCUAAGUGUCUCUGCAUUGUUCCCAUAGACACUCACCACUUUGAAUCAUUUCCAUUAACUAAAUGGAUGCAUCCAUGUUAUGUCGCAUUGUUGUUAUGUAAAGUGACAACUGGACAUAUUCCCCCAUAAAUACAGAUGCUGGAUCUUAAUUUAAGCCAGUUUGCUACAGCAGGAAAAUAAUCCUUCAGCAGCAGGAAAUUUGAAUAAUUAUGUGGUUUAUAGUUAAUGGACAUUUUUUAAGUGUAAAAUAUACAUUUCUGAAUCUUUUUAAAACCUUACUACAAGUAGUAAGUUCCCCUGCUACAGGGUGAUCACAUUAAGAUCAUACAUCUGUACUGUUUGAAUGGGUGUUCAUUGAUGCGGUAGCAAUGCUUCAGAUCUGCCAUUCAGUUUAGUUGAAGAGGGUAGCCAAAGACUGAAGAGAGUCUCCAUUGUAAAAAUGUUUCAUGCAACCAAAGACGUUGGCUAUGGCCAUACAAUAUGGCGUUCACCAAUAUUGGUCUCUUUGCUCAUACUGUGUCCUAGUGCUCUCACAUAUUGUUCCAAUUUAUUUCCAAUCUGGGCUUACCCAGAUUCACAACACAACAUCUGUCCAUUUCUUCAAAUCCUGUUUAAAAUAAUGACUUACUGAGAUGGAAUAAUUCUAGGUAUUGGGAAGUACCUACAAAUUCCAGGGGCCACGAGGUAGCACCAUUUUGCUGAAAGUCUCAAUAGGAUUUUCCCACAGUUAACAUAGUCCAGUCUGCCGUACACAACACUGCUGAGAUCAGUGAGAGAAUCUAAACUAGGGUUUCCCAAACUGGGUGCACAUUUGGAUUUUUGUCCCUAGCACUACACAGCUGAUUUGAAUAAUCAACUAAUCAUCCAGCUUUGAUAAUUGGAAUCAGCUGUGUAGUACUGGGGGGGGGGGGGUGCACCCCUUGGGGUCCCGAGGAACAAGUUUGCGAAAGACUGAUCUAAACCUGUUGAUUCAGCAAUUGGAGUUAGCUGACAGCGAUUACCGCAGGAUCCACCCAGAGACUUAUCCUGAUCAGCAAGUAUUGUCAGGGUACAAGAUGUGUGGGCGAUAUAUUUCAUCUGCACUGUUCCAGUGGUGCCAGGAUGACAAAACUCAGUCUAGCAAGGCUGUGUCAUGCCACUCAACCUCAAAUCGAUACUAGUCUAAAGUCCAUUGAGUAAACAUUUAACAAAGUAACAUCACAACUAUUUAAAUUAAUCCUAAAUGUUCCGUUUUGAAAAAGAAGAGUUGACAUCUGCUAGUAGAAUGUUUAUACCAUACAAGUUCUCUAGCCAGGGACUGGUGAAAUGGAUAGCAUAUUUGUGUGCACAGUUAAAGUGACGCUCCAGAGCUUUUGUAUAAUUUCAGCCAGUCGUUUUUGAAAGUAGUGUUCAAGAGCCAAAACGGGUCCCCGAAAACUGUGCAGUUGUGUACUAUGUCAUCUAUUUCUUAUGCUGUUACGUUGUGCAAAAAUAUUUAAUUUAGUUUUGCAAUUCAGAUGAAUAUGUUAUGAAUUUGUAAGUGCUUAAGAUCCCGAACUGCAUCUUUAAAUGAAUGCCUUCAGUUUGUCAAAUCCCUGUAUAAAAUUUAAAUAAAAAAAUCUGUAAAACUUGUAAAGUAAAUAAUCAGCAUGUAACCUUUUUUAAUCAAAAUGUCUAAAAGCAGAGACAAGUGAUGUUCUGUAUUUGUAACAAUGUUGUCAUUUAUUCAUUUGCUAACAACAGGAAAUGGAAUUACGCAAUUCUUUAAAAAAAACUUUAUUGACAGUUGGAUUCACCAUCAGUUUCCUCUUCCAAUGGCAACUUACCUGUUGCACGGCCUACAGUACUUCAACUCACUGGAUUUUGUCAACAAGAAAUGGAACCAUUUCAAAGUAUUAUGGGUCAAGCAAAGUGAAUAUAUUUGAUUUGAAGGAUUGACAACAGACAUUUAUUAAGGUAAUUGCAAAGUCUGACAAUUGUGGUGGCUUACAAGCAACAAAGUCUCAGCCAUCAAACAAGAUAUGGGCAAUCCCACAUGAAGGAAUUAUGAUGAGACUCAGAUUUCUUUUAACUUUAAAAUGUUUGCCAAACAAAAUCAAAUUGAUAUCAAAGUUUAAGAAACCACAAUGACUACUUUUAACAAUUUACAUUCAAAACUUGAACUUAAUACAUUUACUUAAAGAACAGUGCUGAUGCAAAGUAUGGUAACUGGAUGACGGGUUGUUCUGUUGGUGGCGUCACUUAGUAACCAAACUUUGCAUCUCCACUGGUCUUCAAGUAAAAUGUGUUUUUGUCAAAUUUCUGUGUAAAUUGCUAAAAGAAGUUAUUGUGCAUAGAGUUUUUAUUUUAUUUUAUUUUAUUUUAGUAGGCAAGUCAGUUAAUUAAGAACAAAUUCAAAUUUUCAAUGACGGCCUACCUCGGUCAAACCCUCCCUUAAUUGUGCACCGCCCUAUGGCACUCCCGAUCACGGCUAGUUGUGAUACAGCCUGGGAUCGAACCAGGGUCUGUAGUGACGCUUCUAGCACCGCUGUGCCACUCGGGAGCCCACUUUGGGAGUUGUAUGGUGUGUUAAACUUUGAAAUAAAUUGGAUUUGGUUUGGCAUACAUUUUUGUAAGUAAAAACAAUCUUGAGUCUCAGUCUCAUUCCGUUACCGGGGAAUUUUCCGUACAACGCAAUGGCAAUUGAGUAGCACUAUCAGUUUCUGUUUUUUUUCUGAUCCAUUGUUUCAGCUCCACGUAGAUGUAUUGUCUCCUCAUCAUGAUUCAUCUCCAUGCAGUCUUGUCUGUUUGUUGAGCCGUCAAAAAUGUUAUGAACUGUAAUUUUAUUUUGAUCUGGUAGUGUGUGUGUGAAGCUUCUGUACUGGAACGUUGACACAGUUUGUAUUGUAAUGAUGAUAUCAGAAUAAUAUUUAAAUAAAUCAUUUUCACAGACUGGAUUGAAACACUG